AUGUGUGAUUCAGCUUGCCAUUUAUAUUGUCUGCAUGACUCAUGUUACUGUCAUUCAAGUCUGCAUUCUUGCUGUAGUCAUUACAAAUACUACAGAUGUUAUUGUCGAUCAUCCUAUCAUCGUUCAUGCUGCUGCUAUUUGUGGAGAAGAAAAUGUUAUUUACUUUAAAAGUCAUGAGUAAUUGAUUUAUUAACUGAGAGACCACUGUCAUUAAAACUAACUUUAAGGCGUACAUUUUAUUUAUAAUAGCAUCAUUGUAUUCCUGUAAAGUAUUUAGUGUAAUAACGUAUAUGCAAAUAAUUGAGUGUUCAUAAAUAUUGCAAAUUAAUUAAUUAAUAAAUAUCGAUCACAAAACCUAA